AUGUCAUCCAAAUCACUUCCCAACUACGAUAGGACGUCAGACGACGUGGAUGCAUCGAAAGAAGUCGUCGAUACUCCAAUUCAAACAAUCAGUUCUUCACAUGUUUCUUUCCAAAUAACUACUGAUCCAGUACCAUCGAUGGAUUAUCUUUCAAUUCAUGAAGAUGACACAUCAAUGUCUUCAUCAGAACGUACAAUCGAAAGGGGAUUCUCAAGAUAUGGGAGAAAAAGAUCAUCGGUCCGGAUGCUACUCGACGAGGUCAAUAUGACUGAUCGGAAAACAUCCUGGAUGGACACAGAACAUCGGGUAAUCCUGAACGUAGGCGGUAUCCGACACGAAACCUACAGUCACGUGCUAAAGAAGAUUCCAGCCACGCGAUUGUCCCGCCUGACUCCAAACUUGGCAAAUUACGAUCCAGUCCUAAACGAGUACUUCUUCGAUAGGCAUCCGGGAGUAUUUUCCAUGAUUCUAAAUUAUUAUAGAACUGGUAAACUUCAUUAUCCAACAAAUGUUUGUGGUCCGUUAUUCGAGGAAGAACUUGAGUUUUGGGGUCUCGACGCUAAUCAAGUGGAACCGUGCUGUUGGAUGACGUAUACACAACACAGAGAUACACAAGACACCCUAGCUGUUAUUGAAUCAUUGGAUUUGGAUGGGGAUCCACCGACACAGGAAGAGAUCGCAAAAAAGUUUGGGUGGGAAGAUGACUAUUACACUGGAAAUAUGUCACAAUGGCAACGAUUAAAACCCAGAGUAUGGGCAUUAUUUGAUGAACCAUGGAGUUCCAAAUAUGCAAGGGUGAUAUCAGUUGUCAACAUCAUUUUCGUCAUCAUAUCAAUUGUUUGCUUCUGUUUAAAGACACAUCCAUCGUUUCGAAUUCCUGAUAUUGAUAUUUCAACAACAAUGGGAAAUUUUAGUGCUCCACUAAAUGGCGUUCAGAUGAAUAAUAUUUAUGUUGGAAAAACAGCAACGAGAGCUCAUCCCUCGUUUUUCUACGUGGAGUUGUUAUCUAAUAUUUGGUUUUCUGGAGAGUUCUUGACCAGAAUGGUGUUCUGCCCAAAUGUUGCAACAUUCCUUCGAACACCGGUCAACCUAAUCGACUUUAUUGCUACUGUGUCAUUUUAUAUCGAUUGGGCUCUUGAUCGAACUCUUUCCGGGUCAAACAGAGAUUCUGUUGAAUUCUUCUCAAUCAUCAGAAUUCUUCGGCUAUUUAAAUUAACUCAACAUUCCACUGGCCUCAAGAUUUUAAUUCAAACAUUCAAAGCAUCUGCUCAGGAAUUAUUUCUCUUAGUUUUCUUUGUUCUUCUUGGUAUUGUGAUAUUUGCUGCACUGGUUUAUUAUGCUGAAAGAGUUGAACAUAACGAAGAAAAUCAAUUCUCGUCGAUUCCGGUUGGAUUAUGGUGGGCUGUAAUUACAAUUUGUACAAUUGGUUUUGGAGAUUUGGUUCCUCAAACAUCACUUGGCCGUUUAGUUGGCUCUGUGUGUGCUCUAAUGGGGGUGCUCACAAUUGCUCUUCCGGUUCCAGUUAUCGUAUCCAACUUUGCAAUGUUUUACUCACAUGCACAAGCACGAUCUAAACUUCCAAAGAAAAGACGAAGAGUUCUUCAACCACACGAAAUUAAGCCAGUUGUUGGAAGAAGUACAACUGCAGUUAUGAUAAGUGCUCUCACACAAAGAGGUCCAGUUAGUGGUGGAGGUUCAAAUCCUUCAGAUGGAGGCCCUCUCUCUGCGUUUUCUAACAACACUCCACUUCUCGUGUGCCCACCUGACGGAUCCACAAAACCUAAAAAACUCAGUCAAAACAAGAAUGGAGGGACCACACCGAUUCAAAACAAUGGAUCCAAAGCGAGCAAGCUAAUCUGAAGUUCUUUAUUGUUCAGUUUGUAUUUUCUCGAAUCGAACAAUUGUUUGUAUCUUGCAAGAACCCCAUCACAAUUUUUGUGAACCCCUGUUAUAUUCAUAUCCACAAUUUUUUUGGAUUUAUAUGAAUUAAUUUAUUGA